CCGCUAUCCGCGGCUGUGGGGCCCUCAGCGCGGCGGGUAUCGGUAUCACUAUCGCAACCGGCUCCGGCUCGGAGGGGCCGGCUGGGCCCUGCACCGGCCCGGCCGAGCCCUUGGCGGGGCGGGGUGUGUGGGGGAGGGCUGUAUCUUGUGUCCCCAGUGCCCGGGUGCGCUCCCGCCGGCUCCGCCGGGGCGCAGGCCUCGGGCCCUCCGCGGCCGGUCCGUUAGCCCAUGUCACCCUGACCCGCACGGCAGCCUUGGCUGAGCCCGCGCCGGCCGGCAGAUCCCGCUGGAAACGGCUUCUGCCCGGCCCCGGAGCGGCGUCCCGCGGCACUUGGCGUGAAGCGCCUGCUUUAGCAGGGUGCUGCCCGUUUCCGGGGGAUGAUCUGUCUGCUGCCCUGCACUGUACUUACACUCAUGGGACUGUUCUUUGCCAGAACGAUGGCCUGGACGUCAAGUGGAAAAACGCACCCUGAGCUGGUCAACAACCUCUACAAAAAAGGGAUAAUUAAAUCCCAGCGAGUCUUUGAUGUGCUGCUGGCUACUGACAGAGGUCACUACAUCAAAUAUUUCCCAUACAUGGAUUCUCCUCAAUCUAUCGGGUACAAGGCUACAAUCAGUGCACCACAUAUGCAUGCCCACGCACUGGAAUUGCUGAAGGAUCAGCUUGUGGAAGGUGCAAAAGCGCUGGAUGUCGGGUCUGGAAGCGGCUAUCUUACAGCUUGCUUUGCCAGGAUGAUGGGCCCGACAGGGAAAGCUGUGGGUGUAGAGCACAUUAAAGAGUUGGUACAUGAAUCCAUCAGAAACGUCCAGGAAGAUGAUCCAGCUUUGCUCAGCUCUGGCCGUGUCAAGCUUGUGGUGGGAGAUGGCAGGCAGGGGUACCCCGAAGAGGCUCCUUACGAUGCCAUUCACGUUGGAGCAGCAGCAGCAACUGUACCCAAGGAGUUGCUGAACGAAUUGAAGCCGGGAGGUCGAUUAAUAUUGCCUGUUGGUCCCGAAGGUGCAAACCAAGUUCUGAUGCAGUACGACAAGACCAGCGAUGGGCAAAUCAUUGAAACACAACUGAUGGGCGUGAUCUACGUUCCUCUGACUGAUAAGGAAAAGCAGUGGCCUCGGGAUGAAUUCUGACAGAUGGAUGGAUAUCUUUAAAGUGACCUCAGAAAGCUCAUGAAUGGGACUUAUGACUGUAGAUGGUCUGUACGGUUCUGCUUUUUGAACGGAAGCUUUAUCAGUAGGUGUGCUUGCGACGGCAAGUCCUGUUUUAGUAAACCUUGUUGCGGAGGGAUGGAGAAAAAGGUGUUUCUCUAGGAGCAGGGGCAGGCUCUCGGAGCCAUGCCUGCUUCCAGACAGUGACUGGAUCCGGGUGACUGCAGCUGCCCUCUCUGAUAAGCUAUAGAUAACAUCUGCUCACAGAGAAUUCCAAAAGCAGGCAGAAGUACUUAAACCUUCACUAAAAAAAACGCUUUGACUCCUCUGCCUACUUCUUGAGUAAGACACAAUUACUGUUUCAGAGCAGCGGUCUACCCUGAUUUGUCAAAGUUUAAUUACGAGAGCGUGUUCUCUUCCUGUCCUGCAUCAACUAAUUUAAUCUUCGGUAGCAACACUGAGAAUUCUGGGUUAAAA